UUAUAAAACAGAACACCCAUCUCUACAGUACAGCAUCCUCUGAAGCAAGAGGAGUCGUAAAUGUACAUUUUGGGGGAUUCUCUAAUUCUUCUGACCCUCUGAUUUCCACAGGACUUUAAGUUGCUUCCCCUGAGUUCAAGCAACGCAAGAUGGUUUUGGAAGUGCUGAACCCAAGGCAUUAUAACAUCACCAGCAUGGUGUCUGAAGUUAUGCCUAUUGCCAGCAUUGCAAUCCUGCUGCUCACUGGCUUUUUUCUCUUGGUUUGGAAUUAUGAGGACACAUCCUCAAUACCAGGUCCUGGCUAUUUUCUGGGAAUUGGGCCCCUCAUUUCCCACUGCAGGUUCCUCUGGAUGGGGAUCGGCAGUGCCUGCAAUUACUACAAUAAGACGUAUGGAGAAUUCAUGAGAGUCUGGAUAUGUGGAGAGGAAACCCUCAUUAUUAGCAAGUCUUCGAGUAUGUUCCACAUAAUGAAGCAUAGUCACUACACAUCCCGAUUCGGCAGCAAACUUGGGUUGCAGUGCAUUGGCAUGCAUGAGAAAGGCAUCAUAUUUAACAAUAAUCCAGCACUCUGGAAAGCCGUUCGACCUUUCUUUACAAAAGCUUUGUCUGGCCCCGGCCUGGUGCGCAUGGUGACCGUCUGUGCUGAUUCCAUCACCAAGCAUCUGGACAGGCUGGAGGAGGUCCGCAACGAGUUGGGCUAUGUGGACGUGUUGACCCUCAUGCGGCGCAUCAUGCUGGACACCUCUAACAAGCUCUUCCUGGGGAUCCCCUUGGACGAAAGGGCCAUCGUGGUUAAAAUCCAGGGUUAUUUUGAUGCAUGGCAAGCUCUCCUUCUCAAACCAGACAUCUUCUUUAAGAUUUCUUGGCUAUGCAGAAAGUAUGAAAAGUCUGUCAAGGAUUUGAAGGAUGCCAUGGAAAUUCUGAUAGAAGAAAAAAGACAGAGGAUUUCAACAGCAGAGAAACUAGAAGACUGUAUGGAUUUUGCCACUGAGUUGAUUUUUGCCGAGAAACGUGGUGACCUGACAAGAGAGAAUGUGAACCAGUGCAUAUUGGAAAUGCUGAUCGCAGCGCCGGACACCAUGUCUGUCUCUGUGUUCUUCAUGCUGUUUCUCAUUGCAAAGCACCCCCAGGUUGAAGAGGCAAUAAUGAAGGAAAUCCAGACUGUUGUUGGUGAAAGAGACAUAAGGAUUGAUGAUAUGCAAAAACUAAAAGUGGUAGAAAACUUUAUUUAUGAGAGCAUGCGGUACCAGCCUGUUGUGGACCUGGUCAUGCGCAAAGCCUUAGAGGAUGAUGUCAUCGAUGGCUACCCAGUGAAAAGGGGGACUAACAUUAUCCUGAAUAUUGGAAGAAUGCAUAGACUCGAGUUUUUCCCCAAGCCCAAUGAAUUUACUCUUGAAAACUUUGCCAGGAAUGUUCCUUACAGGUACUUUCAGCCAUUUGGCUUUGGGCCCCGGGCCUGUGCGGGGAAAUACAUUGCCAUGGUGAUGAUGAAGGUCACCCUGGUCACGCUUCUGAGACGCUUCCACGUGCAGACAUUGCAAGGUCGAUGUGUUGAAAAGAUGCAGAAGAAAAAUGACUUAUCCUUGCACCCAGAUGAGACCAGCGACCUGCUGGGAAUGAUUUUCAUCCCAAGAAAUUCAGACAAGUGCCUCGGCCACUAAAAAAGUUUGGUCAGUCCCUGCCCUGGAGCACUUCUCAACAGUAUUCCACAUGGAAACCACCCACCUUUGCCAGGUGGUCCUCCUCCCAUGAACAACCGUGGCCUCUGGCCUUUUAUACACUUACUUCCUGUGGGGUGUCACCGGUCAUCUGGGCGCAUCCAAACCAGAAACCAGAGUGCAGGAGAAAAUACGGAGGCCAAGACUUGUGCAGGAAACUGCAGCCCUAAAGGCCCAGUUCCACAAAACACGCUUUGGAAAAGACAAGCCAUCAGCAAGACUCAUGCCCGACUCCUCACUGUCCUGCCCUGAGAUGGGAGCUUUGUAAUGACUGGGGCAGAAGCAAUCAAUGUGAUUACAAAGGCCAGGCCAACAUCUGGGUACCUAGG